GUCAGCAAAGCAAUGUCAACAAUGCAGGAGAAAAAAGGCGUCACAUUCUACACGCACGGAGCCGUCCGCGACACACCGAUUGAUGCCGAAAUUCCAAAUCAUUCCCAAUCUCUGAGCAGGGUGGGAUUAACCAGGAUGCGGAUGGACUUUUACUUGUGAGAAGCUACCGUGCGCGAGCAAAAAACAAAAAACAAGAAAAGGGAGGGCUGCAGAAAGGGAUGUCGGCUGGCGAUGAACAGGACGGUGAGGCAGCAGUGCCGGUCUAUGUGUACGAGUCCAAAGUUCACUGUGCCAACGUGCUCUUGAGCCUGGAGGAGCAGCGCAGACAGGGCAUCCUGUGCGAUGUCACCGUGUUGGUGGAGGGCAGGGAGGUACGAGCCCACAGGGCUGUCCUUGCUGCGAGUAGCCGCUACUUCCUGCAAGCCUUGUGGGGGCACAGUGGGCCACCGGGCGAAGCAGAGCCAAUCAUUAAUCUCCCAGACAAGGUGACUGCGAAGGGCUUUGCCCCCCUGCUCCAGUUUGCCUACACAGCUAAGCUGGUUUUAAGCCGAGACAACAUCCAUGAGGUCAUUCUUUGUGCUGACUUCCUGGGUGUUCACAACUUGGAGGACUCUUGUUUUCGCUUCCUUCAAGCCCAACUGAGCAGUAACGGCAAGGUGGAAUACCAGGAUGAUUUCACAGCCAACAAUGAGGCAUCAUACUCAGAUGAUUCUACAGACAGCAGGCAGCAGAAAAGUCAUGUAGCAACCAACAAGCCACUUCCCAUAGAUCUUCCUAAAUAUAGCAACUAUCAGUAUCAGCACAAUGGUGAGAUUCAUCAUGAUGAUGACCAUACCUCAGCCAAAAGCGCUGUUACACAAACACCUGUUAGCCCCUCCAGGAUCAAAGAGGAACCCGUGUUUGAGGAUGGAGGAGACGACGGGAACAGACACAACCCAGAACUGUGUACAGAAGAGGUACUAGAGAUGGAAUUAGAGUUAGAAGGAGUUCCGGUAGCAGUAGAGCAUUCUCCAAGCAGGGGCUCACCGUCCUCCUGCCUGCGCUCCUACCUCCAAAGAGGAGGGCUGGAUUUUAGCAGCAUGCCAAGCACUACCAUUGAGCAGCUCCUCACCAAUAGACUGUCCCUCAACCACUACAGGGAAGUAGGUAAAGACAGACAGAAGGACAAAAGGGAAACAGUGGCAAACCUCAAGGCCGGCAUUGCAAAUGUCGUACCAGCAGCCCUGACCGAUGUGGACAGAAGUAUGGAAAGGCCGUUACCUAAUGCCUCCUCGGCCAAACAUGAGACGGAGAUAGACAGACGCAGUGUCAUUUUCUCUUCAGCAGCAAGCGAGCAGCAAAUGUUGGCCCACUAUGGGAAUGAAAAGGUCUCAGGUUUGCUGCAAGUAGCUACGCCUUCUUCUGGCAACGCAUGUCUCGUUCCAAACUGUCGUGGUGCCAUCAAGACAUCGACGCAUUCUCCUGCCCCCUCUGAGCCCCGAACACAGACUUCCAGCUCCCAUUCUUCCUUUUCAUACCCGGAGGAUGGGGGAAGUGGCAGCCCCUCGUCCAGCCUGCAGCAGUUUGACUUGUCCUUGUCACCACAGUCUGGAUCCAUCUCUGGACUAUCUCAAUGCCUAGCUGGCAUGGUGGAGCAAAGGGACGGCCAUGGUCGAGAACUCGUAUUUUCUCAGGGUUAUGCCAAGAUAAAAAGUGAGCAAGGUUUUGGUGCCAGUGGUGAAAACUCCAGCGAUGAGUCAGGGUCUUUCUCAGAGGGAGACAGUGAAAGUGGUCUCACCAGAGUCUCUGGACCUGAGGUCAAGCUCCCUUUCCCCGUGGACCAGGUCACCAACUUGCCACGCAACGACUUCCAGAUCCUCGUCAAAAUGCACAAGUUGACCUCAGAGCAGCUGGAGUUCAUUCAUGACAUCCGCCGCCGCAGUAAAAACCGCAUCGCUGCCCAGCGCUGCCGCAAGAGGAAGCUGGACUGCAUCCAGAACCUGGAGAGUGAGAUCCGCAAGCUGGUGUGUGAGAAAGAGAAGCUGCUGAGUGAGCGCAAUCAGCUGAAGGCGUGCAUGUCUGAGCUGUGGCACAACCUCUCCUUCCUCUCCCAGCAAGUGUGCAGAGACGUGCAGGGCGGCCAUUCGCCUUCCGUAUCCGCCGCCGUCCGCCUCGCGCCCGAGCCGCCGUCACCGUCGCCGGCGUUCCGGCUCGAGGCGCCUCAAGGAAACAAAGCCGCGUGUUUAUCAGGGGACGUGGAGAUCGGGCCGGCUGGGGCGGAGCUGUCCGCUCGGGCCGACGGACCCCCGCUGUUUGAGUCGACGCAGGAAGUGUUCAGCUCGUCAGUCACGGUGGAUUUCUGUCAGGAAAUGAUUGAGAAAUGUACAACGGCGGAACAGAAGAGACACGACGGGACAUAAUGUCCUUCUGUCAAAUACUGGACAGGAAUAUUUCAAGAUGAUUUGUCCUCUCAGCAAUACUGUUCCACAGGUAUUUCCUGGACUGGCAGCUUUGUGUCAUCCUGACUUUUUCUUCCUGUCAGCUUCCCUCCCUCCUACGUGCAGCACAGGAGGUCAAACUCAGGAAUUUAUCAGAAUGUUCACCCAAGUCCUUUCCAACAUCUUCAUGCUUGUCACUAGACUACGCUUGUGGUCUUUAUCUGCUUGUCGUUUGGGGAAAUAACUUCCAUUUGUUUCUUGGUGGGAAAUCAUGUGGACAGCAAGAGAGGGCUGAGUGAGCGAGUGAGUGACACGUGGCUAGCAGCCUAUAAGCUAGCAGACACACGUCUUAACACCUCCCACAACAUUGACGCGCAGACCUUGAUAUGUUUGUUUGGGUUCUGCUUUGUUUACCUUCCACCAAACGUAGCCUAAAUGCUCUACACUCAAAACAAGUCAAACUACUUUGUCGAAAUGCAACCCCUGGUUUUCGACCGAAAUAGCCGACUUCCCGUUUAUUUGCGAAUGUGGCUUCUUGAGAUUAUUUUGUGCGUCCUGGCGUGAUUGACAUCUCCACCAAAUGUCAUGACAAUCCAUGAAACUGGUGGCAGGGGCCCAUUUGUUCUGAAUUUAAGUGGGGCUACCGAGUGAAUUUGGGGAUUUUUUUGUUCGGGACCCCUGAAAUAUCACAUUUUUCACCGGGCUUGACGCGCUUGCACAUUUCGGUGAGUUUUGUUAAGGCCCUCAAAAAUGCAAUUCAAUUUGGAUAGUAAGAGUUCUAAUAAUAAUAAUAACAUAGCAGUUAUUAUCACUGGCGCUUGGACCCUCAUGAAAAGUUACUGUUAGAGAAAAAUCAAGUCAAUCUGAUCCACUUGUUGCAUCUGCUCAGGAAAAAGGGCAACUGGAUUUUUAGCUGGUAUUCAGUAUGAGGAUGUGUCAAUCAAAUGAUGGCUGGGGUUAUGUUUCAUCAAUGCUCCUAAUCUUAUGAAGUACACAAUAUUUCUUUGAAACAUUGUUUGGGCUUUGUGCCACGAUGGCGAAUGUCUAUCAUAUCUGUAUAUUUGUACUGCAAAGGAUGAGCAGACCGUAGUUCUCCAUCACCAUUUGCAGCUAAAACAAGAGGGUACGUGGAGAUGCAUGACCCCUCUGUUUCCAGAUUUCUUCUCCCAAAGAAAGAAAGGAAGUUUAUUUCCCGAAAGCAUCACCGAAUUAUUCACCAAACGUAGAAAUGUCCUCUGGAUGGGAUCGACUCUCGUUAUGCAAACUUUAUGUUUCACUCUACUCGGAUGUUUCUACGUUGUUUUUACAUGUUCCACGCGCCACAUUGUGACAUGUAUUUACAUGCUUUUACAUGGUCUGACAUGUUUCUGUGUUUCAAGUUUCUACAUGUUUUGUCACAUUGUGACAUGUAUUUACAUGUUUGUUACAUGUUUUUCAACAUGUUUUAACAUCUUUCUACAUGUUUUGGCAUGUAUUGACGUGUUUUUUACAUGGUUGGAUACCUUUCUUCAUGUUUUGACAUCUUUCUAUGUUUUAUGUUUCUACAUCUCUUAUGUUUUGUCACAUGACAUGUGACAUGUAUUUACAUGUUUGUUUACAUGUUUUUCAACAUGUUUUAACAUCCUUCUACUAGUAUGUACAUGUUUUGACAUGUGUUGACAUGUUUCUACAUGUUCCAACAUGUUUGUUCAUAUUUGAAGACUUUGAUCACAGGUGAAGCAGCGCCUCCAAGAGGUGACAGCUGGCACUGAUUAUGAAUAUUAUGAGGAUAUGAGCAAAUGCACAAUGCUGGCACUUAAAUCAAGUCUUAAAGGUAAAGUGUCCUUUUGUGAGACUGGAACACAUGUCUUUGUCUUUUCCGCGCAUUCUAAAGAUAUAAAAACUGCUCAAAAGAGGCAGCUAAGAAUGCUUGUAAUGGGACGCACUUAUUCUGCCACAAAAAAAACUCCAAAAAGCUCCAACAAGGCUUCAUUUCCAUAAUGUGAGCUGCAUAUUAACCAAGCUACAGCCACAUUGUUGCUAUCUAAAUUACCAAAAUAAAGCAGCAAAAUAGUGUAAGUAUUCCAUGUUAUGAAUGAACCUGUUACUACAUGCUCACAGUAUGGAUCGAAAACCUUAAAACCUUGUUGCAGCUUUUUUUAGAGGGCUUUAUUGUCGAAAUAUGUGUAUCCCAUUACAACCAAAUAGGGCAAAAUACUAUAAAGUAUUGCAUGUAUUCAUGAAUGUACCUGUUACUACGCGCCCACAGCGUGGAUAGAAAAUCAUGAAACCUUGUUGCAGCUUUUUUUAGAGGGCUUUAUAGUCGAAAUAUGUGUAUCCCAUUGUCAGGACUUAUAGUAGAAAUAGGUGUGUCCCAUUACGACCAAAAAGGGACAAAAUACUGUCAAUAUGACAUGUUAGCAUGAAUGCUCACAGCAUGGAUAGAAAACCAUAAAACCUAGUUAGAGUUUUUUUAGAGGGCUUUAUAGUCGAAAUAGGUGUUUCCCAUUAGCAGACUUUAUAGUAGAAAUAUGACAAAAUAGUGUAAGUAUUCCAUGCUAGCAUGAAUGAACCUGUUACUUCAUGCUCACAGUAUGGAUAGAAAACCAUAAAACCUUGUUGGGGGGGGUUUGCAGGUGUGUCCCAUUCCGUGCAUUAAUUAGCUGCCUCUUUUUUGAUCUGUUUUUACGUCUCUAGAACACACAGAAAAGUGAAAUGCGAGUGUGUUCAUGCCUCACAUAAGGAUUGUGGAAGAUUGGCAACAUUCCCAAAAGAGUGCACCUUUUUUGGACUGUGGAGUCUCAAACAGAUGAAAGAUUGACUAAAGCGUGUCUUUGAAAGUGUUUGAAUUUCAUUUCCACUCAGUUCCUACAACGUGAUUACAACUGCACAAAGCAAUCCAAUGUGUGACAGGUAAUAGUUGAUAUUAAUUACGUUUCCUCCAAAAUAUUAGGCAAAAUAUUAGAUAUCAGCUUUUUACACGAGCAAAGGUGUUAGCACUGGAAUUGGAGUAGUAUCGCUUCAAAUAUCUCUUGGAAUGACGGUUUUGGAUUUGAAAUGUGCACAAAAGAACCCACGCUGUGACUUUUGUACACAGCAGCACAAAAACUUGUAUUUGUACUUUGUUUUGAAAUCACUGUCAUAUUUCCUGUCAAACAUGACGGCACCCUUUGGAAAUGGAUGUUUGGUUCUCAAAGCAUCAGCUUCCACGAGUCAAAAGUGCUCCUGUCGCCUCUUUGUACGACACUUCACCAUUUCAUCCAACUUGUGUACUUGGACAAAGCAGAAACAUCCAUGGAGGAAAGCGGAGGAGAAAGCUAAAAACAAUCACACUGGUGCAUUAUUGAGUUUGAAAAGUCCAUUUUUGAGGCACUUGCCAGGGGCGAGGGGCAGACGGCGUUAUGACGGCAGCGCUUCAGCUUCCUGUAGAUAACGGCAACACGGAGGACAUACACAUGUAAAUCUUGGAAUAUUUCCUUCUUUUUUUACAUAGGAUACAGAGCAGCUUUGUACCUUAUACUUUGCUUUACGUAUUUGGGGGUCGGUGAAAGUGGAUGGUCGCCGCCCAUUCUGACUUGUUGUGGUUGACAGUUUCAUGAUUUUCAAAUCUUUAUUUACUGGUCACACGUGUACUUCUCUUUUCCUUAAGAUGAGUGAGCAUGUUUACAUUUGGACUGUAUUGUGUGUCAUUUUUUCCUUGUGCAAAGAUACGACCCUGGAAUGAGGGUUUUGAGUUGUUGUUUUUUUUAACAACUUAUCUUAAUGUUGAUGAAUUUGUAAGAAAAACAGUGCAGCUACAUUUUCUUGCCUUCUUGCCUGACGUUCCAAGCGAACCAAGGUUAGACUUGAUUUCACAUUAAUGCUUUCAUGAAAGUCCCAUCAGAGGCCAGCAGAGACUCCAAUAUUCUAAAAUCUUCCCUUGUGUAAAUGUGGAGAACAAAAUGCUUCAAUCGGAAAUAAAUCAUCCAGUCAGCUUUACAUGACGAUUCCAAUUGUUUCAGUGAAAAGGUUCACACGAUGAUGUUCAUUUAUGCUGUUAUUUAUUUCAAGGCUCCCUGACAUCAUUCAUCAACUUUGCUUGAAUAGGUUAUAUAUUGUUGGUAAUUAUUUUCUAUAUUGUUACAUUUUUGAACGCCAACGGUAAAUUAGCCAAAAUUACAUUGAUAGUUGAUGAGCGAGCUCUUGCUGUUUCCAGAAGUGAGGUCAUCGGAGUACCAUCACUCAGGUAAGCAAAUGUGGCGGUGUGCGAGACAGAGGAUGUUUACAGUGAUUAUAGCCAAGAUUUCAGCCAUGUGUCAAUAGUUUUGGAGGAGAAAAGAACAUUUGGAGAUGAAAUGGAGACAUUUUAGAACAUGGACCUAAGCCUUAAGAGAUGGAGAUGAAGAUUAGUGGCCUCCAAAACACAGAAUGGUAAGUGUAAAUGACCCUGGAGUUGCUUAUCCUUCAAUUAUCCUUUUAAAUCGGCUUCUUAAUGAGCAUAAAGGGGUCUUUAUAGCCAGAUUUAUGUUAUAUUUCUUUGAUGUCGCCACCACCCCACACAGUAAACAUACGUAUGUCUGUGAAAAGAUGUUUAUAUAAGACGUAUAGUGCUUUACAGCCUUGUCGCUAUCAUGGAAUAGUGUUUAGAAGACAUUAAGUAAACAAGACAUGACUUACUCGGUUCUGUGGCAACUAUGACGUCGUUCCUCUUGUCUUUUUUCCCCGUGUACCGGUGGAAUAGCAUCCUUUUUCCAAAUGCGUUUAUAGCGUACUUUCAAGCCAAGGUGCGCCUUCAUAGCAGUCAUCAGUGAAAUGAUCACUGCAAGGAACAGAACUCCGGGUGGGCGUCCAUCUGUCUCUCAUUUGUCCAUUGUUGUCUUAAAGCAAGUUUACCAUUGGCUUUCAAAAAUAGGACAAUGUAGAACAUAAUUGCAAACAAUAUAUAACAUAUUUAAGCAAAGUUGAUGAAUGAUGUCAGGGAGCUUUUAAGCUGACUCUUUUGUUUCUCCGUAUGUACGACAACUGUACUGAAAUUAACAGUCACUUCAAAUACUUGACAAUUCCUCUGAAAAUAAUAAUCUUGCACUUUUUCUGCACAUGGACAAUGCCAUGGUGUGACUAUGUUUGUAUUUGUUGUAACAUGACAAUGAAGAGCGGCGGAUUUAUCAUCGACACUGUUCGCCACACUCGAUAUACAGUACUUUUGACCCGAUGACUGUUGAUGAUUUUCAGCAAGUUGAUAUGAAAAAAAGGCAGAUUACAGUGAGUAAUAUUUACACUUCUGAGUGUGAGAAUAAUUAAUGGCUGGCAAUUGUAAUAAUUUGUGACACAUUGGAGCAGGUUAUAUCUGCUGUGGUGUGCGGUAUCAAUAUGAUAUCAAUGACACAUCCAAUUAUUCACAGGAAAGUAACAUUUGCAAUGCCUUCUAGAGACAAAACAAAGUACUUAUGGGUUAGGGUUAGUUAGUACUAAUUAAAGUGAUUUGUUUACAAAGAAUCUGGGAUUGGGAUUUAGGAUCUGUCAACCUGGUUGAACUGACGUCAAACGUAUCUACCUGCAGCAUUCAGCAUACCUCUCCAUAUGGCUAACAAGUGUAUGAUAAACGUGUACUUUUGUGAUGUUUUCAACUUCUUACUGGGCUAAUAAUAUUGUGUUUGUAGAUUUCUGUCCUUGUUUUUGACUACCUACAACAUGACUGUUAUAUGCAGACGCAGCAUUAGGCUUUGGCUUUUGUAAGCUCCAAAUGACAUCUUUAGUUGAGAUAUUUUUGUAAAUGUUGUUGGACAACAUGUCACCUUUUCUUUCUUUGAUAAUGAAAACAGGUUUCUUUUUCUGUUGAGAAAUAAAAGAAAGAGCAUGAGAAUUGGGCUGACUUUUGAUAACAGCCUUUGCUGUUUAUUCAGAAGCAUUUAUUUCACUCACGUACAUCAAGUGUCACUUUCUCAUCAAAUCCCACUUG